CGAGGUUCUCUUCCAGCAACGCCGCAUUCCCAGCUUCUUCUUCUCUCCCUUCAACCUCUUCUCUCUCUCUCUCUCUCUCUCAAUGGAGAACCAUGAGGUCUCUUGCCCUUCCGCUGCUCAAUGAGGUCUCUCUCCUCUUUCGCUCCCUUCUUGAUUGUAAGGAGAGCUCCUUGUUGAUGUUACAGGGGCCAACGACUCGCUGCGGAUGAAGGUUUCGUCGUAGGAGGUGAGGAGUUUGAUUUGGGGGCUCAUGAUUGUAGUGGCUGUGGUUCUUCACUUGCUCUGUCGUUCUAUUAGGAAAAGGCGGGGUUUUUUUCCUUGAAAUUUUGGAUUUCAGGUACACUAUAGAUAUUCAUCAUGCUAUUUUUAGAGAAUGACUUGCAGAUUUUCAAUAUGUUUGUGGAAUGUCUGCGUUGCCUCACUGUGUAAGGCCAGGAAUUUGGAGAAGGCUGAGGCAGUUAUUGUUGAUGGAAUUCGAAUUGGUUAUCUUCCUGAUGUUGUGACAUAUAAUACCCUUAUUGCUGCGUAUUGCCGUUUUGUUGGGGUAGAUGAAGGAUACUCAGUUCUUCAUAGAAUGAGAGAAGCUGGGGUAGAACCAGAUGUGAUCACUUACAACUCUUUGAUUGCUGGAGCUGCUAGACAUUGUCUCCCAUCACGGUCAGUGGAUUUUUUUGAAGAAAUGCUGCAGAUUGGGAUUGAUCCAAAUGUAUGGAGCUAUAACACCUUGAUGCACUGUUUGUUUAAAUCUGGACACCCUGAAGGUGCUUACAGAUUUUUUUUAGAAAUGAUCUCAAAUAAUGUCCAGCCUUCCCCAUUUACUUAUAACACAUUACUUAAUGGUUUGUGCAAGUCAGGAAAUGCAAAAAAUGCCCUCAGACUCUUCAGAAGGUUAGAAAGGUUUGGUUUUUCCGCAGAGGUAGUGACCUAUAACACAAUCAUCAAUGGGCUCUGUAAGGCUGGUAUGUAUGGUGCUGCUAAAAGAAUUCUCACAGAGCUCGGAGAAUCAAGCAAUUCUCCAAAUGCCAUAACUUAUACAACAAUCAUGAAAUGCUGCUUUAAAUCUGGAAAAUUCAGACAAGGCUUGGAGGUGUUUGCUGCGAUGAUGGAUAAAGGAUAUAGUUCUGAUGUCUUUGCCUAUUGUACUAUAAUCAGUGCGUUGGUUAAAAUGGGUAGGAUUGGGGAGGCUCACUCACACACAGAUGAAAUGCUUAAGAAUGGGAUUGGGCUUGACAUGGCCUGUUGUAACACUCUGAUCUAUAUGUACUGCAAAGAAGGAAAUCUGAGAACUGCAUUCCAAGUGUUAAGUGAAAUGGAGGAAGCAGGUCUGGGGUCUGAUGAGUACACACACUCUAUUUUGGUUGAUGGUCUAUGUAGAACAGGCUUAUUUGUGGACGCACAAAAUCUCUUGAAAAAGAUGGAGUCAAGGGGCUUAAAUUCAAAUUUGGUAGCUUAUAAUAGUUUGCUCAAUGGGUUGUGCAAGGUCGGUAACUUGGAUGCAGCCCUGGCACUGUUCAAUAAGAUGGAGCUGAAGGAUUCUUUUACAUAUGCUUCGCUAAUUCAUGGUUUAUGCAAGUUCAGCCAGUUUCGCUUAGCGUCCAAACUCAUGCGAAUUUGCUUGAGAGAAGGAAUAAGUGUGCUUUCAUCCGCUCAACGUGCUGUUGUUUCUGGUCUUCGAGUGUCAGGGUUGAAGAGGGAUGCUAUCAAACUCCGGGCUGCCAUUCGCACAGCUAGACUCUUGAGGAGCUGAAACUUGAAAGUAUUGUCAGGUACCAGAAGUUGGCUAACACAAUGCUCAAUUCUAACACAAAUGCGCGAUUAAGAUCAAAGAGCCCUCUAGACUUUAUUACAUGGCUUGUCAUUCAAAACUCUUUCACGCCAUCGCAUUCAACUUGCGACGCCUAGUUAAUGGGGGUGUGCAUCAACAUGAUCCAACAGGCCAAGUACGGUGAAUUGAACAACCCGGAGACUAUCAACUGAAGUUCCAUCGACAUGAGUCGGGGGCUUUGAGAUAUUCGAGUGCUAGGAAUGGAUUAUGUUUGAAAAUUACACCCGGAUUGAAGGCUUAUCAAGUUUGAGAUGAUUCAUUUCAAUAUUCAGUUGUCGUUCACACCAGCAAAUUUGCAAAUAACUGAUACAAAGAAGCCGAUGAAUAAGACAUGGUGUUCUGGCUGCGGUUCGUUAUACUAUUUAACUUGUAAGAGCUUCUGAUUAAAUGGCAUUCUUUACGACGUAAAAUAUUUGACGAUGAAGUUAUAUGCGCUUAUGGCAUCUGGCUGAAGAUUAUAGCAUAUGUAGAACCACAAAAUCCUGUUGCAUCACUAAGCAUUUGUAUUGAUUAUCGGUUUAACAGACUAAUAUUUUUAACCAUGUAUUUUGCGGAUUAAUAUUGUGGAUCAAGAAAUGAUUGCUCUAUGGAAUAAGAGUUGAUUGGGAUAAAGGUAAUAAAAAGGAA